AUGAUAGCAAGGGGCAGCGGCAGCGGAAGAGAGAAGUCGGGUGCGGAAGUAGAAGCCAAGCAAGAAGAUGCUGCAGCUGCAGGCAACAACACUAAUAGCAGCAGCAAUGCCAAUGCAGCAGCCCAAACAGCAAGCGCGAGCAGCAGCAGCAGAUGGUCGGCGUUCAGGAACCCGAGGAUAGUGAGGGUGUGUCGGUCGUUGGGAGGGAAAGACAGGCACAGCAAAGUGUGCACCGUGAGAGGGCUGAGAGACCGCAGAAUCCGGCUCUCCGUCCCCACCGCCAUCCAGCUCUACGACCUCCAGGACCGGCUCGGGGUCGGGCAGCCCAGCAAAGUCAUCGACUGGCUCAUCGACAACACCAAGGACGACAUCGACAACCUUCCCCCGCUCCACUUCCCGCCUUCCUUCGCUCCUCACCACCCGCCGCUCUCCUACUACAACCACCAACAACUGCACCCCGCCCCCAGCUUGUUCGAUUUCACCACCACCACUCCAAACCAUAACUAUUACAACUCUUUGAGGCAGUGGGAAGAAAACUCCUCCACCUCCUCAAUGAUGUCCUUGGGGCAGACCAGUAUCGGGAAUGAUGAUAUUGACGGUGGCGAGGACGAGGAUGACGACGACCACAACAACAACGAGGAUGGACGCCAAGCUGCUGCUGCUGCCGGUGGUGGUGGUGGUGGGAUGUUCUUAAACCCGCGCUUCUACCAGUGGGAUGCUCAUCAACAACAGCCAAUGCUGGGAUUAGGGAACAGCAGCAGCACCGCCACCCAUAUGGCUUCGAGUAAUGCGCUGCUGCAUCCUUCCUAUUUGGCGCUCUGCAACGACACUAGUGCUACUGAUGCUCGUCAUCAGCCGACGAUGAUGUCGUUAAUGCCGCCGCCGCCGUCCUACACGCCCUUGGAGAUGAUGGAUAGCCGUACUACUACUACUACUACUACUCUUGGUGAUGAACAACAACAACAACAGCAGCAGCAGCAGCAGCAGUUGAUGAACCGCUUCAACCUUAUGAGCUCCGCCACGUCAGCAAGGACCUCGGCUCCUCAUCAUUUUCCCUUCACUACUCAUGCCCUCAAUCCCACUCCUGCCUUCUUUCAUCUCCCCAAUCACCAACCUCAUCGUCAUGACCAAGACCAACACAAUGGCGGCACUUCCUAG